AUGGGCCACCACAAUAUUCGUUACGUUGGCGAUCCGAAUGCCGACUCAGGUUUCUGGGGCACUCCGACCAGUGUGGCCAACUUCUGCGAGGAAGACUAUGCCGUUACAAGCUACAUAGCCGAAUUCAUCAACACCCUGACCAACUUAUCUUAUAUUUACUAUGCUUUCCGCUAUGCAAAGAGUGCCAAUCCUGCAACCCCAUGGUAUCAGAAGAUUGAUUUCAUGGCCUUCUCCCUCGUCUGCGUCGGCGUCACGUCCGCCAUGUUCCACGGCACCAUGCGUCAGGUGCCUCAGCUCAUGGACGACCUAUCCAUGCUCCUCCUUGCCGGUGCCCUCCUCCAGCCCAUUUACGCCCUGAACCAGACGCCUUUUCGCCGCGUGCUCGUCGCGUUGACGCUGAUUUUUGGCAUUGGCACCGUGUCCGUCAUCUACGCCCGCAGCGGCCGCAUCGUCAUCCACAUGUGGACCUUCAUCACGCUGCUGACGUUCAUCUGGCCACGCACACUAUAUCUGGUGCGCAAGACGGGGUAUUCGGGGGCGCAGAAGAGGGUGCUGAUGCGAAGCUUUGCGCGCGCCGGCUGGGCUCUGCUGGCAGGGUACGCGCUGUGGAACGUCGAUCUGGAGCUGUGCCUCGGGUUGAGGGCCCUGCGGGACAAGGUGGGCAUACCUUUCAGCUGGGGCUUGGAGCUGCAUGGCUGGUGGCAUUUCUUGACAGCGCUGGGUGCGAGUCACUACAUCCGUCUCGUGAGGAUGUUGACGGGAGAGGAGCCGAUCAAGGUGACGCCAGAGGACGAGGCGGCUGUGAAGGCACAUAGGCAGGAGAAGGAGGCCAGGCACAAGAGGUGA